AUGGCGUGGCUUUUGGACAACUCUAUUGCGGUCCAGGUUGCUAUCGACAAGAACUGCUGCAAAGUCCUCGCGGUAUUGUUAUCCUACGUAUCAGAACUCGGCACUGUUGGAGGGCGCAACCUGGUCAGAGAGCUUGUCAACAAUGUUCCAACUCGCCCGGGCCGUUACAGUGAUCACUCACCAUUACACGAUGCUGUGGAUGAGAGCAACGUGGAUAUUGCACGGCUCCUCCUGCAGUAUGGAGCUAAUGUCAACCGACAAAACCAGGCUCGAAGAACCCCGCUACAUAUAGCAGUUGAGGCGGAUGACUUGGAAAUUGUCAAAUUUCUCACUGACCACGGGGCUUCUAUUCAUACCCGAGACGGUCAUGGUCGUACCCCAGUUGAGGUCGCAGUCUGUCAUGCCAGUCCCGGAAUGGUCGAAUUCUUCCUCGAAAAGGGGGCUAGUAUCGGCCGUAUUCUCAAGUCAGAUUCAAACCUGAUGUGCGCCUCAGUCAAUAUGGCCAUAUCGCUACAAAAAGCUGGCAUUAAUCUCAACCAGGUCGGGGGCUUUGGAGUACCACUCUGGACCCCCAUGUUGUUCAAAAUCCAACUUGCGACCUACAUCCUGAACUCAGACCAGUGUGUCUUUCUUCAUACAUUUGAACGAGGAAGAGUUCUGUGGAAGCUCUUAUGGUAUUUCUACGAUAACGAUGAUGUCAACUCAAUGCACAAGCAGUUGCGGCUGAUGUACCGCAGACUAGGCCACGAUUUUAUGCGUCAGAUAUCCGAGACUGAAACAGAUGACCGUCAUGGAGCGUUUAAUAUUCUAUGCUUUUCUGCCCAUUAUGGACUUGUAGAAGAAGUCAAAGUUCUCUUAGAGGCGGGAUGUGGCAUCGAAUUCGAGGGCUCUGCGGCUGGAACGGCACUCAUGGCUGCAGCCAGUCUGGGACGGAUAGAAAUCGUCAAGUUAUGUACUGGACUGGUUAUUGAUAGGGAGGUUUACGGAACAGAUCAAGAUCGAGGAGCCAUCGGCUGA